AUGUCCAACCUUUGCUUUCGCGCGCUCAUCUCAAGGGGGUGGGCUGCGGAGUGGCGAUUGAGCCAUUGGCGUCUUGGAAAAGGUGCAGGGCAUCUUUUGGUGGCUACGCUUGGUCAGGGUGCCAAUCACAUUGGCAGCGGAGUCCUGAUCCACGGGACUUGGAGGAAAAGGACGGCUUGGAGUCAGGUGAAAUCGAUCGAUCCAACAAAGCUCACGGAGGCUGAGGGCUACAAGGUGCUCUUGGGGGCAUUGUCUACCUGGGAGGAAUCAGCUGAGCUUCAAACGUAUGACCUGUUUGAGAAGGCGUUCUACAAGACGCUACAGAAGCAGGAUGAAACAACAAUGUCCUAUGUCAACCGUAUCAAUGUGGCUUUCACAGAGGUUGGAGAGGACACCACGGUCAAGCAGGUCAAAGCUUUCGUGCUCCUGAGGCAGAGUGGGUUGAGUGCAGAGGAUAAGAAACGAGUGAUAGCAAUGGCAGAUGGGUAUGAUCCAACAAAGAUGGAGAAUGCAAUGAGGGCACUCUCUACCAAGGUUUUGAGUCAAGGAGAAGUGAGCCGCAAGAAGAUCUACCCGAUCAACUAUGUGGAUGAAGAUGCCGAGGAGAUCAAUCAACUACAUGAUGAUGAACCUGAUGAGGAGUCAGUCAUGGCUGCUCUGUUGGAAGAAGGAGACGAAAGUGCGAUGGUGGUCCAAGAGUUUGAGGAGAACAUCAUUCAGGUGUGCCAAGACAGCCCGGAGUUAGCUAUGGCCUUUUCGGCUUACCAAGAUGCUCGAGCUCGACUUCGUGACAAAGCGAGGAACCGUGGGUUCUGGCCUCUGAGACAAGGAGGUAAAGCAAAGGGCAAGUCGAAAAACGGCACCGGCAAGGGGUUUGGGAAGAACCGCCAAACGCUGGCGGAGCGCAUAGCGAACUCCAACUGUCGCAUUUGCGGCAUGAGGGGACAUUGGCGCCAAGAAUGUCCUCAACGAGAUCGUCAAAGUCCUGCUGCAGAUGCCAACCUGCUGGUCGAGGAGAAUGGCAACUCCGACACCGAACUGGUCUCUCAGCUUCCCACGAAUGUGGAAAUCAGCAUGUGGCAGGCCUGCUUGCCACUCUUCCUGAAAGCCAUCAAAAAUUGGUUCGUUGGCAGAAGUCGGAACAACAAGGGUUUGUUCACUGUUGCAUUGACUGAACUCAUUGAAGCCGCCAGUGAAAUCGAAGGGAGGUUUACUGUUCACUUCAGCAGCAGCAAAAGCAGACACCAGCAGCUGAAGUGGCUCAACCUCAAUCUGAACGAGAUCCCAAUUUCCGCAAUUCGUCUGACUUGUCCCUCGGUGUGUCUUCACAUGGCGCUGCCGAAGGAAAUGUUUCUGAACAAGGGCGAGGUGACCUAUGCUAUGAAUGUGGGCCCCAAUCUCGAGAUGCCCCUGACAGCCAAAGAGGAUCCGAGUUUGAGUUUCGAUCAAGGGCCAAUUGUCCAGCAUCGACGUCCACCCGGAGUGACCAAUCUGCAACAAUGGGGCGAGAUGAAGUUGCCAGAGGGCAAGUGGAAAGGACAUUCCUUUGCGGAGGCAUAUCUCCGCGACAACAAGUAUGUGAGCUUCAUGGCCUCUCACAGCAGACUCACAUCAGCAUGGGCCCUGAGCUUUCACCAAUAUGCUCGUCUUCGCCUUCAAGCAGAAGUCGACCACAGGGACAAGAUGUUGAAGAUCGAGCAAGAGAAGGAACACCAUCUACGCCAGCUGGUUGCAACAGCAACCACGGGGGCACUCCAGCCUUGUCAUCGGGAAUGGGAACUGCUCUCCACGCCCAAGUCAGUGGAUCCAGAAGUGAAGAGUCAGAGCAGUCAUGGGCCGAUGAAGAGAAGUGCCAUCGAGGUGGAAGAACAAAUGGAUAUGCAAUUCGAUCUGGAAAAGGAGACCAAGGAGGACAAGAUGGUGCGCCUUGCGAUCCUGCAGCGCGAGGUGGACAAGAUUCAGCAGGUCAUCUUGGAGGAGAAGCCCAAGGAAAUUUGGGUUGCGCCGGAUUGCAAGUACUGGGGCAACUACAGCCGUCGCAACAUGGGAAUGAAGGUCAGGAGGAUUGAGGUAUGUCGAGGGACGGAGCGUUUGAGAGUUCCUGAUCCGAGUGUGGAUCAAUCGGAGAUUCCCCUGCGUGUGACCGUGGUCAAAGACCGCAGCUCUGGUCAAGCACAAGUCUUGGGUCCACCACAGACAGUGUACCUGGAUCCCGCGGCAGAGUACAGGAUGGCCAUUGCGAAACACAAAGAGAUUGGUGCUUGGUUGAAGCACUCCACAGUUCGCAAGGUUGCUAAAGGGAAAAUCCCCGAAGCAUCAAUCAUGAGGUGUCGUUGGAUCCUGUCGUGGAAGAGUGCAUCCCCAGCUGACCAUCCAAAUGAUGUGUCAAAUGGACAGAAAGGAAAGGCCAGGCUAGUGGUUGUUGGUUUUGAGGACCCUGGUAUUGGUGUUGUUCAGAACGACAGUCCUACGUUGUCAAAGGAUGGUCGGCAAAUGAUUGUUCAACAGGUCAGUAGCCAUGGCUGGGAUCUUAUAUCCUUUGACAUAUCAACAGCCUUUUUGCAUGGCGAAGGGGAUGGCCGUUUGCUUGGAAUUCAUCCACCACCGGAACUGGCAGAAGCACUUGGCAUGGCUGAAGGUGACCAGUGUCAGCUCAUGGGCGGGGCCUAUGGUAGGGUCGAUGCCCCCUAUUUGUGGUUCUGCAAGUUUCGUGACACAUUGCUGAGUGAGGGGUUCAAACAGUGUCCAAUGGAUCCUUGUGUUUUCACCCUCACUUCCAAGGACAGUUCCGGGAAAAUCAUUGUCCAUGGCUCGAUUGGAGUGCAUGUUGAUGAUGGGAUAGGAGGUGGUGAUUCCAAGUUCAUGGACGCUUUGAACAGGAUUCGAAAACAUUUCAAUUUUGGUUCCUUUGAAAAGGGGUCUUUCACUUUUACGGGGAUACGUUUCAAGCAAUGGGAUGAUAAGAGUGUUGAGUAUGACCAAAUUGAGUACAUCGAAAGGAUUCAGCCUCUUGAAAUUCCUCGUCAUCGUAGGACCCAACUCAAUAGCCAGAUCACUGCGGAAGAAACAACGCAGCUCAGAAGUUUGGUAGGGGCUUUGCAGUACGCUGCGGUCCACGCGAGACCGGACUUGGCAGCAAAGAUUGGAGAGCUCCAGGCAUGUGUUCCAAAGGCCACUGUUCAAGAUUUGAUUGGUGCAAACAAGGUUCUUCAUGAGGCCAAGGUGAACCAGGUCACAAUUAUGGCUGUUCCCAUUGCUCCAUCACUUGUUUCCUUUUGUGCCUUUUCAGAUGCCUCCUUUCUUUCUGGAAAAGAGAAAUAUGCUCACCAAGGUGGUCUUGUGUUUGCAACAACUCCAGAACUUUUAGAAAACCGAAAAGCGGUUGUUGCUCCGGUUGCCUGGAUCAGUAAAAAGAUCCAUCGGGUUACCCGAAGCACUUUAGGUGCUGAGGCCAUAGCGUUGAGUGGAGCAGUUGACAGGCUUCUAUGGAUCCGCUUGCUGUGGGAGUGGCUCAAUAACCCUGAAGUGGAUUGGAGGAGUCCCGAAGAAGCACUUUGCAAGGCCCGAAGGGCAUCUCUUGUCACGGAUUGCAAAAGCGCUUAUGAUUUGUUGACAAGAACGGCUCUGCCACAGUGUGAAGAGCAUCGGACCACCAUAGAAUGUUUGCUGAUUCGUGAACGACUGCAGUCAAACUGCACGGUACGUUGGGUGACUUCCAAUGCUCAACUGGCUGACUGUCUUACCAAAAGUAUGGAUUCCACUGUUCUAAGGGAGUGUUUACGUAGUGGGAAGUAUGCUCUCUAUGAUGAGGGAAGGAUUCUUCAACAGAGGUCAGACAAGAAACAGCGGCUGAAAUGGGCAAAAGAAGUCACGUCAGAAAUCAAUGAAGUUCCAACGAAUUCAGUUGUCCCUUUGGAGGACGCUUGGGAAGUCAAUUCACAAGGACAGGUCAUCCGAAUUCACCAUGUUCCCCGAAGAAGAUUGUUCUCACCAAUAGGGGUAGCUGGCUGUCCGGUAGAUAUCCGGGAGCUUGGAGUCCAAAGGGUUACUAUUGGAAACGCAUCCAACGGGGAACAAUGGAAUGAAAAGGAUUUUUGGCCAGGUUCACGUGGUCAUGCUGUCACACCUUUCAGUUGGACUGGUAGGACUAUUUUUCAGAUUAAGGGGAGUGUGAAAUCUACUCAAUUUCCAGGUCCAACUGUCAACUGA